CUGGGGGGGAGGAGGAGGGGAGGCGUGGGGCACUGUCUCAGUGAAGAAAAGAAAUGGCGACGCUCGGAGGGUUUAGUGCUGCACAGCACAAGAAGAACGUCUCCGACGGUACCGGCGACAUGUCGGAAUUCGUUUGUCCGGUUUGUCUCGAAAUCUUCGACAGUCCCGUGACGACGCAAUGCAGCCAUACGUUUUGCCACAGUUGUUUGCAGGAGUGCUUGCGCCCCCAGAAGCCGGUGUGCGCCGUGUGCCGGGCCGGGCUGGGCCCCUGGACCCGAGCCGCCGAGCUCGAGCUCAAGAUCCAAUCGUCUGUGGCCGCCUGCAAAGGCUGUGGAGCACAGCAGUUACCGAUGCGUUCUCCCGCUGUUCAGGUCCGCCUUUCUCAAAUGAGAGGCCACACGGCUGCCUGCUCAAAAUUCCAGGAAUACAUUGAGGAGGGAGUGAGGACCACCGCCCAGAGCCAGCCCGCCAUCAUCAGUCCCGUACCGAACCGCUUCACCUUCACCUGCCCGUACUGCAACUGCCAGAACCUGGACCAGGACGGCCUGGUGGAACACUGCACCUCUCAGCACGCGCGGGACGCACGACAAGUGGUGUGUCCCAUCUGUGCCUCGAUGCCCUGGGGCGACCCGAGCUACAGGAGUGCAGACUUUUUCCAGCACCUGAAGAUCCGACACACGUUCUCCUACGACACCUUUGUUGAUUACUCCACAGACGAGCACACGAUGAUCCAGGAGGCUCUACAGCGCUCCCUGGUGGACAACUGACGGCGAUGCGGCAGAGAAGGGAACAUUGGACGAAGCGACGGGAGGGGGGGGGGGGGGGGGCGGCGGCGCACCGUACCACCACCCGUCCUGUCCCGUGGGGGGGUGGGGGGGUGGUGGUACUGUACUGCUGGGGGUGGCCAGCUUCACACGGAACUUGUCUUUGUCGUUAAGGAUCUAUAGGUUUAUUAUUCAGAAAAUAAAUUCUGCAAUACUGUCUAAAAAAAGAAAGGAAAAAAAAGCAUAUCGUGCUGUCUGAUUUAGGAGUGAACUGUGUUUCUGCUGUCUUACCCCCCCCCCAAAUGUUGAGUCUGUAGACUUAUGUUGUACCUACUAAACUAUGUUUGUUCAUUUAUGACUCCGUGAUGCCACGGAGACAAAAAAAACUUCCAAAAAGUUGUGAUUAAAUCUCCCCCCCGUCGUCAAUACUUGAUGUAAUGAGAGGGUUCGGCCACUAGGUGGUUAAACUGUUCGCUCAAGUACCGAAAACGUGUAAGAACUGGUGAGUGACUCCGCAUGUUCACUCUCAGGAAGUGGAGGGUUUAACUUUAUUUUAUCUAGAAGCUGAUUUUCUGAGUGGGAGAGCGAGUGUGUUCAUCGUGUUUGUUUUUUAGAGAUCUACUGGAAAGAAUAAAUAAUAAGAGGGUCAAACACAAGCCGCACGGCGGCUGUUUGCUUCGUUGUGAUGUUUCUCCCUUCCGUCUCUGUGCCUGCUGGUAGAUCUUGUUUCUGACUUCCAAACUCUAAUAGGGCUAAUAGUUCAGUCGGGUAAAACCGAGCCAUGUGAUUUAUUUCUGUCAUUGUCACUGGGUGAGGGGGGGGGGGCUUGCAUGUUUCUGCCAGAGGGGGGCGGUAGAGCUCCACCUCUCCCUGGCCGUCCUCCAGCAUACGGAACAUGUCACUGAUGUAAUCAGAGGCUUUUACAAGUUCAUGGGGUGAAGCAGCUCUAUCGAUUAUUUCUUUAAAUGUAACUUACUGUGUAAAGAAGAGAGAAAUGCACAUAGCUGAUAUUUGUUUGCCUCAUAAUCUGACAGCAUGUGAAGAAAGCAGAAUAUUCCUUUUGAUCUAAUUUAUUUUGCUGGAUGUUUCUCUUUGUUUGCACCCCGCUGUGUUGUUUCCAAUGAGUUGUACUCGUCCCACAUUCACCGACAGGUAAAUAAAAGGUGUCACACCCCCACGAGGAGCA